AUUUAGGGUUUUAGGAGAAGUUAGUUUUUAGGUCUUAAGUGGAGAGAGGCGUUGAAGCUAGUAGAAAGUAAGAAGAUGGCGAAAUACAACGAGAUCGCGAAGAAGAAGAGAGAGGCUAAAGCUGAUAGAAAACGAGCAAUUCACGGCGAUCCUCUUACCAAUAAAUUGAAGACUAGAACUCCGGUCCCAUCCCUCUCCGGUAAACGUCAGAGAAAACUCCUUCGCAAAUGGCGCCGAGACCAGAAAGAGAUGGUGGAGAAGGGUCUUGUUACAAUGGAAGAUGUGGAGAUGGCUUCUGCUCAAGCUGGAUUAGACGAAUCCAAGAAAUCCCCCAAAAAAUUUAGCGUUAAGAAGAGCUUGAAGCUCAAUAAACUGAAGAAUAAAGGUAAAAAGAAGAAAAACCAGAAAGCCAGUGGUGAAGUAUCUGCUGAUUGUAUGCUAGAAUGAGUUUCGUGUAAACCCAUUUCAUCUAACGGAUGAUACAAGUUUCUCAAUGUCUGGUUAGAUUCUUUCAAAAAUGGGAAACUUGUGUUUUUGCAUGAAGAGGAUGCAAGGCAGAGGAGUGGAGUGUUUGAUAGGAUUUUAUUUAAAGUUUUCCCAAUCUUAUAGUUUCUCAAACUAAUUUGUUUUGUCGUAUUAAAAAAGAUCAUAUUUU